GCAAGGAAGAAAGGAGGGAAGUGAGGAAGGAAGCGAUGAAGCAAGGAAAGAAAGAAGCGAGGAAGCAAGGAAGGAGGAAAGAUGGAAGCGAGGAAGCAAGAAAGGAAUGGAGCGAGAAAGGAAGGACGUGAGGAAAAAAACGGAAGAAGCGAGGAAGCAAGGAAUGAGGAAAAAAGGAAGCGAAGAAGGAUGGAAGCAAGGAAGGAGGGAAGUGAGGAAGGAAGGAAGCGAUGAAGCAAGGAAAGAAGGAAGCGAGGAAGCAAGGAAGGAGGAAAGAUGGAAGCGAGGAAGCAAGAAAGGAAUGGAGCGAGAAAGGAAGGACGUGAGGAAAAAAACGAAAGAAGCGAUGAAGCAAGGAAUGAGGAAAAAAGGAAGCGAAGAAGGAUGGAAGCAAGGAAGGAGGGAAGUGAGGAAGGAAAGAAGCGAGGAAGCAAGGAAAGAGGGAAGCGAUGAAGCAAGGAAGAAAGCGAGGAAGCAAGGAAGGAAGCGAGGAAGCAUGGAAGGAGGGAAUGAAGCAAGGAAGGAAGGAAGAAAGGAAGGAAGUGAGGAAGAAAUUUGUGAAGGAAGCGAGGAAGCAAAGAAGGGGGAAAGAAGGGAGCGAGGAAGAAAAAAGCAAGGAAGGAAAGAGGGAAACGAGGAAAGAAGGAAGCGAAGAAGCAAGGACGGAAGGAACUGA